AUGGAGUCUGCCGUUUCUGCCCGUCUCGGUUACUACUCACGCUACAAGGCAGCUUCAGAGUUUCGUCUCCGCCGACUGCAGGAGGAGCUUGACUCGAGUGUACCACGCACCCAAUUCGUGGGGCUACAAGCCCAACUGGACAGUUUGACGCGUCGGCACAGGGAGGCUUUAGAACGUCAAACACAGCAGUCGUUAGCCACCGCGGAUGCUGCGGAGGCGGCAGUUCGAUUGUCGAGUCUACAGGCUGAGUUGGAGGGCGUGAAGAUUCAUCUACAGACUGAGAAGGAGAGAGCACAUACCCUGGAAGCUUGCUUGGAAACUUGGAAGCGACAAAAAAUGGGACAAGUGUGUAUUUAUCUAGAAAGUGUAAUUUAG